GGAGGCGGGUCGGGGAGCAAGACUGGUUCCUGAGGCCUCAAGCUGCUCCUGACUUCCUGUGUCCUGUCUCCUCCCUGCCCUCCCCGACAGCUCUGCUCUACAAGCCCAUCGACCGCGUCACCAGGAGCACCCUGGUCCUGCAUGACCUGCUGAAGCACACGCCCGUGGACCACCCCGACUACCCGCUCCUGCAGGACGCCCUCCGCAUCUCCCAGAACUUCCUGUCCAGCAUCAAUGAGGACAUUGACCCCCGCCGGACUGCUGUCACAACCCCCAAAGGGGAGACGCGGCAGCUGGUGAAGGACGGCUUCCUGGUGGAAGUGUCGGAGGGCUCCCGGAAGCUGCGGCACGUCUUCCUCUUCACAGACGUCCUACUGUGCGCCAAGCUAAAGAAGACGUCUGCGGGGAAACACCAGCAAUAUGACUGCAAAUGGUACAUCCCUCUGGCCGACCUCGUGUUUCCGUCCCCCGAGGAGUCGGAGGCCAGCCCCCACGUGCACCCCUUCCCAGACCACGAGCUGGAGGACAUGAAGAUGAAGAUCUCCGCCCUCAAGAGUGAGAUCCAGAAGGAG